UUGAGAUAAAUAUCCGUCACUGGAGAUUUGAACGAUCAGUUCUAACAGAAGCGAAGUGUUACGGCUGUUUUAAAUAACCCUUGAGAUAAAUUCUUACCAGUCAACGUUGCUCCGAGAUUUGCGACGAAAACAUUCCAAUUUGUUAGGAAAAUGGUUCUCUCUGCGAUAACAAAAGCGCCAGAGGUGAGUGCAGGUAUUGAUUAUGUAGCCGGGAGUUGCUCCUCCCUCAACGUGCAAUUUUGCACGAGCCUAUCACUUUGAAAGCAUUUUAGCGAUAAAUAUCGUUUAAGGAAAGUUUUUGCGAAGUUUCUGGAGUAGAAUGUUUUUCAUUAUUUAUUUCAAUUUUGUUUCCAUUUCAUAAAAAAAAAAACUCUAAUUUGACGAAAAAAGGAAAUCGAUGUGAAAAGCUGCUUUUUCGCAAAGAUAUAAUUUGUUACAGGAAAAAGAACUGAGGGAAAAUGAAAUCUUCGACGAAACCUGAAAUAAUGAAUAUUGUCAGUUUACGAGAAAACUUUCCAAACAUAAAAUUGAGAACAUAGGUGAACGAUCCAUUCCUCCCUGAGAAACGGCCUUGGAUUUAGGCCGGUUUCCAUUUUAAAGCGGGCGGUAAAGCCAAGAUUUUUGAAUAAGCAAGCAGUCCAAUUUUAGACACUUUUAAAAACAUCCAAUGGCAUGUCUGAUUAUUUCAGAUGAGAAAAGAUUGUGAAAUUGACGUGACAUUCCGCACGUUUCUUGUAUCAGAUUUCUGGAAACUGAGACAUUUUACAGAGAGGAUCCCAACUUCCUUGUUAAUAUUGGCAUCAACUUAAAAAUAACUUCUGCAAAAAAUUGGGUCUUUACGUAGCUUUCAUAGAAAUAUUUCUGUGUAGUCUCCGAUAGCACUUUAGCUACUUUUUGCAGAUACGGAAUUUGGUCGUGUUUUAUAUGUAUUUUAUGUAGCUCUAUGGAUUUAUGGUUUCAUUUAUCAUUUCAUUUUCGUCAUUUUCUUUUCAGAUAAUCCCUCUCUUGGUGAUUAUGGGAACUGCGACUACUGGAGCCACGGCUUUUCUGAUAAGACAAGCCACAAAAAACCCUGAGGCAUGGUAUGUGGCACUCAUUUAUUUUAUCCGAAACUGAUCAAUAGAGCACUUCCCAAGGUUUCGUCUGACGCUUGACGUGAUGCAUGGAUUGCAACAGCUUUAUUUUUCAAUCAUAACUGUUUUUUUUUUCUUUUUGACAGCUGGGACAAGAAAAACAACCCCCAUCCUUGGCUUAAUAUCAAACCAGAUGAACAAGUGAAGGUGAACAAGCAGAAUUCUUACAGUCUAUUUUCAUUUCAGUGGAAACGUCGGGAAAAAGUAUUAUCAUAAAAUUUACUUGCUUUAAAUUAAUGUCAUGAUAGAGAUGAAACAUCGAAUCCUUGGUGAGUGAUAACUGAGAGCCAAAUUAAGAAAUUAAAAUUGUCCUGGAUGAUUUUCAUCGGGAGAAAAUGGAGUCGCGUUCUUUUGCUUUACAGCGCUGGUCUUAUACUUACAGUCAAGAGAAAGUCCAUUAUAUUUAUAAGUCCGCUAUAUUUCAAUAUAUUUAUUAAUUCGUGUAUUUUUUCAUUAUUCAACCGACAGCUUUACAAACCUUCACAUCCCUCAGCCGCUGAUGGAAAACGCUGAGAACGUGGAUUGUGAUGGCGAAAACAAUACAAAGGUCCGCGGAAAACUACUAUAAGUUUAAUGUUACAAGAAAAAUUCAACAUUCCAAAUAAUGUAUUAUAUAUUUAAAUCAUGAAAAUAAUUUAUAUCAGGACCAUAAGUAUUAUUUAAUGGCAGGAACGUCCAAAAAUAUGCGAAUGCAGCAUGAAGAUGCAUGAGGGUCUCGAUUGGGUCAACUGUAAAACGGCUAAAAAAUUUAGCCGUAAGGUGUAAAUAUUGACAAACUUCAACCAUUAGUCUAGAGAAGAAAGUUCACCGUGAAAAAAAAUUUUGAGUGACAACAAUGGAAAGAUACUAACCGUUAGCCGUGAAUUGGCCAAAAUUUUAACUGUUGGCCGUAAAAACCGUCACUCAAUUGAGACCCUCGUGUAUGGUCACUUUCAGAGAAAACAACUGUAUCCUGUCGAUUCCUACUGGAAACACUAUUUCGAGAUCGUUAAAAACUUAAAUGAAUGAUGUGUCUAGUAUUAGGCGUGUACGCGUGUGUAAAUAUAUCAGACCUAAGGCGACUAAAGUUUUAUUAAAUAAUUAUUUGCAUUCUAUCUUGUGUAAUUUUCAAUUCUUUUACUGCGAAGUAUUUAGAUUUGAAUGACAGAUCAAAACAACUGAGAAGCAUAUUUUUCAUUCGAUUCAGUUAACCUGCAUGAAAGAAGGGGCUCGUUAAAGUUCAUGCGAGUACACGACACCCUUUCCAGACGCAUUGUCCAAGAAUGUACAAAGAGGAAUUAACGCGAACCAGAACGAGAAUUGAGAAGUCACUAAUCGUAAUUCCUCGAUACCUUGGAAUUCACCAGGGAUAUCGAUAUAUAGUAUAGGAAAGGAAGUUAUUGGACGAAACUUUUCGGUAGGUCUAAACGAACCUAUGGCGAUCUACAAAUAUCAUCUGGUCAUCAAAAAAAAUAUAUACAUUUGCCCCAUCAGGAUAAGCACGCCUUAAGCUUGAUGAAAAAUUAGAAAAAAAAAAGGACUUAACACUCGGUUAGAAUUACAACAAUGUUAGGUUCACGUCAAUGUUUUUUUUUUCGAUGCCCGACAUCUCAUUGGAUAUCCAAACAUAGCUUCUAUUUACACGGAUCACACCUUUGUAAUUUUAAUGAAAGGAUGUUGCAUGUUUUUUUCUUUACGUGAUGUUUAGCAUGGCUCUGGUGGUGAAACUGAAAAAUACAAAAUGUCGAUAUUGGUUUUUGAAAUCCAUUAUGUGAGCGGUGAAUCAUUUCCUUUGUUUCCAGAGGCAAAUAUGGCUGAUAUUCACGCAAACUACCCAGCUGCGUAGAAUGAGUAUAAUUCCGGGUAGGACGCGUGACGUCACACAUGUCAUUUUCAGUUUAUUUUGGUUAUUUAUAACCCCUUUCAGUUCAGAAUACAGGUGAAGUGUUUCGGACCACUUUGGCAGCGUUCCCUGCAAAUUAUCGCCUCACUAAGCUUGCAAAAGCGUUUUAAUUGUUCCCUUUGAAGAUCUAAAAUGGUCCUUGCUUUGCUCAGAAAAUCACCAGAGGUAAGGCUGGUCAGUUUUUAUCAAUUUUCAAACCAUACAAAUUCGCGAUUAUCAGGAAAUGUCGUUCCGUGCAAUUCUACACGUACAAGAGGUCUUUCAAAUGCGCUUAUCGAUAAGAGAAAAAGAUGGGCUCGGGGAUCAUGCGGAAUUCUUCUCGACGCUAAAGGAAUUGGUCUUGCAUUUUUUUUGUGAAACUGGUGGAAGAAACAGCCACAAAAGCAGCAGAUUUUUUCGUUGCCACUGAAAAUUUCGUAGUUUGCACUACGGGUGUGAAUUCAUUAAUACGAAAAUUUCAUUCCACUGACAAAAUGAAUGUCGCGCAAAACGUUUCAUUCGCAAAGCUUUACAUCAAACAGAUUUGAGUUUUUCCGCAGUCUCAUCAUACUCCAAUGUUAUUAAGAAAGUUACUGAUUUAAAGAGGAAAAUAUUUUUUAAACGUUGAAAACCUUGCUGAAGAUAAUUAAAGGAACAACUUUAUGUAGAUUAUCUUCUUAAAGCUAGCCAGACGGCUGGGCUUUGACAUUUCAUUUGAAUUUUAAAGCAACACUGCUUGCUUAUGUGAAAACGCAAAAAGCAAUAAAUGACAGUUUUACGACACAGCAAACCAUUCAACAAUUCUUUUGCUGUAAACAAUUCUGAUGAGCAGAAAUUCAGUAGAGCUUCGUUGCACGGACAGGGGUCAGGACCUGCGAUUUACAUCAGAACUACUAUGUAGAACAUAGCAGUUCUGAUGUAAGAUUAUACUUUACGUAUGACGUACUAGGUCGAUAGCCGAAAAGCAACAAAAAAUGGAAUUCGUGUCAAUUUAACUUACGAAGGAUUCUCUGUUGCCAAGUGGCAAAAAUUUGUUUAGUUUAUUCCUUAUUCCUAACUUCCUGUUCGCAGCUGACACCUCUAUUCGUGAUUAUUGGCGCUGGCUGUGCUGGAGCUGUGGCUUUUACGAUCAGACAGGCAACGAAAAACCCUGAGGCAAGGUAUGUUUUAACUUAGAAAAUUAAAUGAGAAAAGUCGAUUGAUUAUUGGGGCAUGAAAUGAAAAAGGUUCAUUAAAAAAGUACGAAAAAACCCAUUUCAAAGGCAACCUUGUAUCUAAGCAGAAGUGUUCUACGGAUUAUAACCUCUUUCGAAAAAAUUUCAAACGCUUUCACAGUUGUUUCCAUUCCUUUAGAGGAUCAGGAUAGAACGAGUUGAUUCUAAUAUGUUGUGCUCUUGGUUCACUUUUCUCUGACGGGGUAACAUAUUUAACGUCAAUUAAUGCAAUAAUUUGUAAUUGUCGCAGAACAAUGUAAUUUGAUGCUUAUUUUGUCUCCUUGCAUGAGGUGACGCAUGUAAUUUGGGACUCCUGAUCAAAUAUCGGAACAGGAAGAAAAAAAUACAAUUCUCUUAGUCAUAAAUAAUUUUCCUCCUUCAGCUCACGUACUUAAUGUCUUCUUCGUCCAACUCACGACCGUACUGAUCAAUUUAAGUCUGAACAUCAACUGAACAAUUCUGUUUUCUCCAAUGGUCUGCUUCUUAAUUUGACUGACUCCAUUAUCAUGCUAACUCAAAAGCAAAGAUUAUCUCUAUGACAGUUAAUUGUGACUCAAUAUGACUUAAUCGUCACUCAAGUUGUCACGGACUUGCCUUGACUUUAAUACUGAAGAGAUUGAAGAGUCCAAAGGGAUCUUGAAAGCGAAAUUCGCUUGAAGUCUACAGUUUACCCAUCUUUUUGUCCUGAUCGAUCUCAGAGAUUUAACCUAGGCCGCACUAUUUCGUCAUACAUGAUUGCAGUUUGAUUACACUUUCAUCUGUGGCAUGUUACACGGCGUUUUGUUUUGACAGUCAUUGUACACCUUCUCACUUGACUUCUUGAUCGCUGAUCAACUUGUGAUUUACGGAUGAUGUAAUUUUUCUUUUCUUCCUAAGAUUCUAAACAAAAUUUUUUUCCACUAAACUUCCUUAUGAUUUUGCAAAAGCAAAAACGAGUACUUUUUGUCAAUCGAAAAAAUGCCACAUCGCCACAUAUUUACAUAAAGCUUUGUCUAUAAUAAGUGUCUAAUGAAAUAUUACUGAGGAAUUGGGAAGAUAGUUUUUUUUCCUAGAUUCUUUCAUUUCUUUCGAAUAUUAUAUAACAAAAGAGAGCAAGUUUUCUCUCGUGAGGGGUGCAGAACCUGUUAAUUGCCCAUCGCGCUACUUCUGUGAAAUUUUUCGAUAUUUUUCUCAUGUCAGUCUACACGAUAAGUUCUAAAAUGAUCUUUAGCUUUCAAACGGGAGCGUUACUUUGCAGGAACUAGGCGCAAAUGGUGAAUUCGCUGGCAGGAGGGAAACAUGUUAUUGUCCAAAUAAGAGGGGAGUAAGACAUGAGAGCGGGUAUAGGAAAGAUCGACCUUGUAAGGGACGGUUUAUAUUGAUGCAAUUUGUAAGCAAAAUUACCUCACUUCAUGUAACAAACACCUCAGACCUGAAUGCGCAACUCGGGUAACCAAAUGCGUUUCAAGUGAUUCUUACAGGAUAACCUGCGAUCGGGUGUUUUUCUCCGUAACCAGCAGCGUCUAAUUUGUCGGCGUUCUCGCUGUUGCGUUUUGCAUUCACACCGAAAAAGAAAUGCAUGUUUGAAUAUGUGUGUAUUAUCUUGCCUCUACGAUCUUCUAUCUGAACUAGCUUGGUGUCUUUUCUUUACAGCUGGGACAAGAAGAAUAACCCUCAUCCUUGGCUCAAUGUCAAGCAUGAUGAACAACUCAAGGUGAGCAUUUACAGUAGUUUUACAAUUCCCAUCUCGACAAAGUGUUUCUCAAUUCUUAGAAAAUGCCCUAAAUGGGGAAUCACAAAAAUUUACAGAACCAUAUCAUCAAUUAAAAAUUUUUUUUCGAUUCUGCAGCUGAAACAAACAUUUUAAUUUUUCCAACAGCUUUACAGUCAUACAGAUUACUCAAAGCUUCAAAAAGCCCGACCAGAUGCGGAAGUGCAAUGAGCCUUGGAGUGCACGGAAAAGAUUACCAGGGAGUCAGGAUAAGGCCCACUGGGUUUGCAUUUGAUAAGAACUCUUAUAGUAAAUUAUCACAUGAUAUUAGAUACUUAACACCUAGCAAAUACAUGGUAGCUUCAAGAGAUGUACUUUUCAUUAUAGAUCUUAAGUUGUUAUUUUUCUUUGAACUGUUCUAACCAAUCUACAAAAACAUUAGCAUUUCAAAUGAGAUUCAAAUAUUGACAUGACAAACAUAGUUUGAAAGUCUUUAAUCUGUAUAAGCCCUUGCUCUUGGCUGAACUUUGAAAAUAAAUUUUUCAUUUUGACGAAACAUAGUUCUGUUAAAUUUUCAUUAAAAAAUUGUGUUCCAUUAAUGUUUAGACAAACACAACAUAUUCAAUUUUACCUCUACAAGAAAACUCGUCAAAUCCUUUUUUUAAGUUCCUAUAUUGGUAUCAGUACUGUGCUUGUUUCAUUAAAUAUGCUUAACAAAAACUUUUAGAUAAAAGUAAAAGACUAAAAACGUAAAGGUCUCCACCUUUGGAGAGUGCUCUCACAUUUGAGGUGACAGGAAAAAAAGGGAAAGUCUUCUGUGUUUGAAGUUUUUGACUGAUAAUUCAUUGGACGAGUCUUGCCAUUAUAAUUACUGAGUCCCUUCCUAAGGAGUUCCUUUCAACUGACGCUCUGCACACGAGUGGUAUGCAGUAAUUAUAAACCAGAAACAUACGUGAACACUUCAUACUAUUGUAGUUAUAAGUCAGUUUGCACAUUAUGGCAGAACUCGACAAUGAGAUCUGUUACGUUAUAAGCCAUUUUGAACAACGUGCUCCGUGUGCAAUACGCCUGCGUAUUUAGUGGCCUUUUGGGGCGCUCUACAUCUGAAAAAAAGGGCGGAGUUGCUGCGACGCUUUUUUCAAAUUGCCAAUUUUUUCGUCCUAAGCCUGGCACAGCUUCACCGGCGCUCGAUUAUCGCUUUUAAGUGCACAGAAAACCGCUAACUACGCAGGCAAGUGCAUGGCUACAGUACUGCUACUUAGAUUUAAGCUCGCUUCAUCAUUCUAUGCCAUAGUUCUGUUGCCUGUGCAGACUGGCCAAGUUGAUUUCUCUAUAUAUAUUUAAGGUAAAAUAGUCCAUGCCUUUUCUGAAAACAUGUCGUGAUUGCACUUCAGAAUUUUGAGAAGAAAAUAAAGCUAAAUAAAAAUACUUUAUGUAUAUUUUCCUUGAUUGCAGCAUUGAUAGUCUAGAUUUUCUCAGUCUCUUUAUUUGUUAAUGUAGCUAAAGACUGUUCCCCUAACAAUUUCGCCGUAUUGUACUCCGUAACUGUGACGCAAUAUUUUGCUUAGCCACCAAGCCUUUAAGGGUCCGGUUUCGUGCGAACGCCAUCUUGGAAGAGCCUAAUCGAAUCUAGCUUUAACAUCGUUUUUCUACUGUUUCGACCAAGUAACGGCUAAAAUGGCUUUUACUUAUCUGAGAAAACACCCCGAGGUAUGAUUGUGGUUUUAAGCUGGACUAAGUUAUUCUAAAGUAUUAGCUGGGUGUUUGUUUGAUUGGUGUCAGUGUAAGAUACAUGUAGCUUCUAGAGUUGAGUUCAUUUUAGAGUGUGCGUAUCGAUAAGCAGGCAAGCUUACUUCUUGAUUUUUGCGAUUCCUUCGUCAGUUUGAUCUUCCAAAUAAUGAACUACCGUUUUUUGUUAAAGAAACCUUCAAGGUUGUCCUAAAAAAUGAUAUGAAAGCAAUGCUAAGGUUAUUGUAUUGUAAUUAAUAUUGAUAGUGACGUAUUAUGUAUUGUGCUUAUUUACUUGACGAAGAUCACGGGUAAAACUACUGAAAAAAAUGCAGAAUUGUACUUCUGGAAUCCGACAUCAUAGCGAAGUUGUGAAAUUGCUCUAACAGCAAAUUCUUCUCACUAAUUUAAAAGGAAAUGUAUAGCAGCUGGAGGGGAGAGUUAACAAUCAGAUCAAUUAUGUCCCUGGGUUAGGGUCCCUUUAAUCUUGGGUUGAAAAUUAGCCAUUGCAGUGUCUGUGUCAUUUAACACUUUAUCUUUUAAUUUUUUUCAGUUGAUUCCACUCUUUGUUGUGGUUGGCGCUGGUUGUGUUGGAGCUGGUUAUUACUUAAUGCGACUGGCUACUAAAAACCCAGAUGCUACGUAUGUACAUGAAAAAUUAAUUGACUUAAACAAGUGAUAUAGAUAAUACCUUUGCAUUGAGGAUAAUCUUCCUCUACAAAUGUGAUCCUUGAGGCUUUAAGUUACUGUAUGAUCGAAAAGAUAACUUGAAUUCUUGCCCAAGAUACCUGUCUGAUGAGUCUAUAUUUGCUGUAAAAAAAGAUCAACUUUAUCCCCUUGUCUAGACCAUCCCUACUUUAUAUACUUUUGUAUCCAAGCUCAAAGCUCUGUUAGUUUCAUGUAUUACUUUACCAGCCGAGAAUUCUUUAACCCUUUAAACUCUUAGAGUGACCAGCAUCUAAUCUCUAAUAACAAUAAUACUGCUGAAUCAAUCAUUAAAAUCGCAAGGAUAAAGGAAACAAUUGCCAACCUGAGAAGCUUUGAUUGUUAAACAAAUUCUCCUCGACAGCACCCAAGAAAAUGUAUAGAGAAGAGUAAGGAGAGAAUGGAUACUGAUGUUAAGGGUGUAAAUAGUUAAGUUGGAAACAUAACUAAAACAAGUUCCAAAUUUUCUUUUCACAACUCAUGAUGUGACCUUUUCAGCUUCUGAAAGUGUGGGAUGUGUUAAGUGAGAAGUCUCCUAACUGAAACAUCACUGUGUUAAAAGGCACUUUUCUCAAAAGUUGUCUGUUAACAGAAUUGUCUUUAAGUUGAAUGUUACCAAAGGCGUUUCACAAUGUCUUCAAAGCAAGAUAAAUGUCUCGAAACUUAAGACCUGAAUUCCUACCUUAACUUAGUUUUGAAACUCUUUCUGUGAGUCUGUUAGUGUUGACCAUAUAAACAUUUUAGUAUUGACAUAUUUUGAACUUUUUGUGUGUUUUACAUGGUAGCUGGGACAGGAAGAACAAUCCAUAUCCAUGGCAAAACAUAAAGCAUGACCAAUGCUUGAAGGUUUGUUCGUUUGUUAGUUUUUUUUUUGGUGUAUUUUUAUCCACUUGGGGAUAGUUUUUUACAAAGCACAAAUAAGCCCCAAUUACAUUCAAGGCAAAAAUGAUCUGGUAACCUUACGUUGUAUGACUUAUUUUUGCAGUUUUACACCCAUACUGACUACAGCAAGCUGGAAAAUAAGAGACCAAACAUUGAUUGAAGGAUGAGUGGUGUCAAUUGACUGCACCAAUGACACUGCUGAUGAUUUGCGGCUUGCCUAUCUUACUCGUAAAUGUGGAUACAUGAUAAACAUUACUGUAUUGUUUGUGUUGUUGCAUGGUUAUUCUUUCAAUAAAAUGGCUUCUUUCUUUAAUGAGUACACUGAAAAUUCUGUUGGAUUAUGGUAACUCAUGAAACAGUCCAAAGUUGUUUUCAGGAGUAAAGUCCUCAAAAAAAAGAACGGACAGAAAAACACGUGGGUUAUGCGACAGGAAUUAUAUGAUAAGCUGGGUUUACAAUAAGCUGAAUCUUAUACAAACAUUUUGAUUGGCUUAUGCCCAUGAUCGAU